CUGCCCCGGGGUCCCAUCCCUGGGAUCCUCCUGCUGAGGACAGGGAUGGAGAGGCCUCUGGAUGCCUGCCUGUGCAGCUGUGUGGUGGUGCUGGCCCUCCUGCCCUCCCUGAGCCUGGCCCAGUACGAGAGCUGGCACUACUACCCCGAGUACUUCCAGCAACCGGCCCCUGAGUAUCACCAGCCUCAGGCACCCUCCGAUGUGGCCAAGAUCCAGCUGCGCCUGGCAGGGCAGAAGAGGAAGCACAGCGAGGGCCGAGUGGAGGUGUACUACGAUGGCCAGUGGGGCACUGUGUGCGACGACGACUUCUCCAUCCACGCCGCCCACGUUGUCUGCCGGGAGCUGGGCUACGUGGAGGCCAAGACCUGGACCGCCAGCUCCUCCUAUGGCAAGGGUGAAGGGCCCAUCUGGUUGGAUAAUGUCCACUGCACUGGCAAGGAGGCGACCCUGGCAGCCUGCCCCUCCAAUGGCUGGGGUGUCACCGACUGCAAGCACACAGAAGAUGUCGGAGUGGUCUGCAGUGACAAAAGGAUUCCUGGGUUCAAAUUUGACAAUUCCUUGAUCAACCAGAUUGAGCACCUGAAUAUCCAGGUGGAGGACAUCCGGAUCCGAGCCAUCCUCUCUACCUACCGCAAGCGCACCCCAGUGACCGAGGGCUACGUGGAGGUGAAGGACGGCAAGUCCUGGAAGCAGAUCUGCGACAAGCACUGGACAGCCAAGAAUUCCCGUGUGGUCUGCGGCAUGUUCGGCUUCCCUGGGGAGAAGACGUACAACACCAAAGUGUACAAAAUGUUUGCCGCACGGAGGAAGCAGCGCUACUGGCCGUUCUCCAUGGACUGCACAGGCACCGAGGCCCACAUCUCCAGCUGCAAGCUGGGCACCCAAGUGUCAUUGGACCCCAUGAAGAACGUCACCUGUGAGAAUGGGCUGCCAGCUGUGGUGAGUUGUGUGCCUGGCCAAGUCUUCAGCCCUGAUGGACCCUCGAGAUUUCGGAAAGCCUACAAGCCAGAGCAACCCCUGGUGCGGUUGAGAGGUGGCGCCAACCUCGGCGAGGGCCGCGUGGAGGUGCUCAAGAAUGGAGAGUGGGGAACUGUCUGUGACGACAAGUGGGACCUGGUGUCAGCCAGCGUGGUCUGCAGAGAGUUGGGCUUUGGAAGUGCCAAAGAGGCCAUCACUGGCUCCCGGCUGGGGCAAGGGAUGGGCCCCAUCCACCUCAAUGAGAUCGAGUGCACAGGGAACGAGAAAUCCAUCAUAGAUUGCAAAUUCAACGCUGAGUCUCAGGGCUGCAACCACGAGGAAGAUGCUGGAGUGAGAUGUAACAUCCCUGCCAUGGGCUUUCAGAAGAAGCUGCGCUUGAACGGAGGUCGCAAUCCCUACGAGGGCCGCGUGGAGGUGCUGGUGGAGAGAAAUGGGUCCCUCGUGUGGGGGACAGUGUGCGGCGAGAACUGGGGCAUCGUGGAGGCCAUGGUGGUCUGCCGGCAGCUGGGCCUGGGAUUCGCCAGCAAUGCCUUCCAGGAGACCUGGUACUGGCACGGAGACAUCAACGCUAACAAAGUGGUCAUGAGUGGAGUCAAGUGCUCAGGCACGGAGCUGUCCCUGGCGCACUGCCGCCACGACGGGGAGGACGUGGCCUGCCCCCAGGGCGGGGUGCAGUAUGGGGCCGGAGUCGCCUGCUCAGAAACUGCCCCCGACCUUGUCCUCAGUGCGGACAUUGUGCAGCAGACCACGUACCUGGAGGACCGGCCCAUGUUCAUGCUCCAGUGCGCCAUGGAGGAGAACUGCCUCUCGGCCUCGGCCGCCCAGACCAACCCCACCACGGGCUACCGCCGGCUUCUGCGCUUCUCCUCCCAGAUCCACAACAACGGCCAGUCUGACUUCCGGCCCAAGAACGGCCGCCAUGCGUGGAUCUGGCAUGACUGCCACAGGCACUACCACAGCAUGGAAGUAUUCACCCACUACGACCUGCUGAACCUCAAUGGCACCAAGGUGGCCGAAGGCCACAAAGCCAGCUUCUGCUUAGAGGACACGGAAUGUGAAGGAGACAUCCAGAAGAGCUACGAGUGUGCCAACUUCGGUGAGCAGGGCAUCACCAUGAGCUGCUGGGACGUGUACCGCCAUGACAUCGACUGCCAGUGGAUCGACAUCACUGAUGUCCCCCCUGGAGACUACCUGUUCCAGGUUGUCAUUAACCCCAACUAUGAGGUUGCAGAAUCUGAUUACUCCAACAACAUCAUGAAGUGCAGGACCCGCUAUGAUGGCCACCGCAUCUGGAUGUACAACUGCCACAUAGGCGGGUCCUUCAGUGAAGAGACGGAAAAGAAGUUUGAACACUUCAGUGGACUCAUAACUAACCAGCUCUACGCGGUAAAGAAGCCUCUGUGGUCACCUCCUGUCUUUGGGCCACACCGCAUCUUCCCCGGGAUCCCCCAACAACUGAGUCUGACCGAUGGCCACGCCCCUCACUCGGCCCCCAGCCCGUCCAGACCCCACAGCCAUGACCAUGCUCAGGAGGAAGGGGUGCUGCUGCCUGACCGGGGUGCAGGGGCUGUCCGCAGGGCUGUGGGAGCCACACCAAGAGCCAGUCUUGCUCAGGACCCCGCCACACACACAGGUUGUCAUCAGCCUGUCCCCCAAGCCACCCAGCUCCCUACAGAUAAUAUGUGGUCCUUUUCUUCUCAAGUCACACAUGAGUGAAUGUGAGCUUAUCAAACCCCACGAUGGUCAGGCUGAAUCCUGUUUCUCCUCUUCUGAGAUUGGUUACAGCAAACUUGAAUAUCUAGACCUCUCUUCCAGCUAAACCAAUGGCCUCUAUUCUAGACUAUUAUAUUCCCAUAUAUAAAUAAUGCUGCCAUGUGUUUUGUGACUAGGUGAGCUCAGAGUUGGUGCUUCCCUCUCCACCCCCUUAUUUUUCCAGACACCAUUAUUAUAUUAUAUUUUCACAGACUUUGAAACACAAAGUAACUUAGUGGCAUUUAAUAUUGGGCAUCUGGGCCUUUGCAAGUACAGCUCAAAAGAAAGACCAACUCACCUGUGUAAGUGACUCUCUAUUGUUCCAAUUCUGUGGGUCAUUGAAUCAACGGUGCUAAAACCAGGGUCCUGGGUGACGAGGACACUCACCAAACACCAUGUGUCAUCACAGACACUUACACAUACUUGAAACUUGGAAUAAAAGAUUUAUAGUA